AUGAACUUGGAAAGCGGCUUGGGGCCGGGCGCUAGCUCUUCGUCUUCGAGCGGGCCCGCCGCUUUUGCUACCUCGUCCUCCUCCAAUUUUAUGGACAGCGCCCGCCGUCUGCUGGGAGUGGAAGCACGACCUAAAACCUUCUGCGAACGCCUGGAAGAAGAUAUGUGCUGGUGGUGCCCGACCUUGACCUGGCAGCAACGUCUCUUUGGCUGCUUGUGCUGCUUCCUUGUGGGUAUGAUCCUGGAGUUCGGUUCCUUCUUCCGCUUCACUAAACUCCUGACCGGCCACCCAGAGCCCUUUGCGGUCAUGUACACGAUCGGCAACCUCAUCUCCCUGGCCGGUUCCUGCUUCCUCUCCGGGCCCUUCUCGCAGGUCAAGUCCAUGUUUCACCCCACCCGCGCGGUUUGCACCAGUGUGUACGUCCUCACUCUGGUGUUCACCCUCCUCAUCGCCUUCUCCGACGUGCCCGGGCAAGGCCCCCUGUUGGUCUUGAUGAUCAUCGUUCAAUUCUUGUCCCUGUCCUACUACAUCCUCUCAUACAUCCCCUUCGCCCGGCAGAUGGUGUGGCAGACGUGUGGGAGUUGUCUGGGCCUAGGGGAGGCGGGGUCCUAUGGAUGA